UUCUUAAAGGGAUACGGAUUUGAAAGCGCGUGAUCGAAGUGGAACCGGAAAGAAGGGAAAUUACACAUGUAAGAUAGAAAAUAGCAGAAUUAUACAGCGGUUUUGUGUAUAGGCACUCAGCGGGACACAGUAGGGGUGUUAUACCUAAGUAUUCUCAGGUGACAGGAACUGAACUCUUUAAAAGAGGAAACUUUUUAAGCGAUUUGCAUAACUGGAGCGUUGCCACAAACUAGCGAGGAGACUGGAUACGGAAGAGCAGAAGACAAGCUGUGAAACCCUUUCAUUGAUUUACUCUUCAAACGCUGGAAGUAAACGCGGCAAAUUAGCUGCGUUAUUUUUUUUUGACUGAAUGAGACUCGGGUGUAGAAAUACAAAACACCACCAAAGUUAUGCACAGCUUUUUAUAGGUUACAAAUCAGCGGAGUCCGAAAACGAUUCGGGAACAGGACUGAAAGACAAGGGAACAAAAACGAAACCCGAGAGAAACUACAACGUUAUACUCAACUCGCAGAGAGCAAGUCGCCCAGCUACCGGCCAAAGACAAGACAAGACAAGACUAAAGAUUACAGCUAAACUAUUAGCUUAGACAGUUGCAGAAAACAAUUAACGUUACGAGAAUAACAAACAAGGAGGUAACACAACACGGAACAGCUAUAUAAAGAAGCACUGGGUGUGAACUAAUAAGAAAUGGAUCUAAAAGGCCAGGUACAAAAACAAUAAAAACUGCGUAAAGAAAAGAGUUCGGAAGGACGCACGUAACUUUCGUUUUGGCCCAGACUCCGAGAGGAAUGCUGCCUGCUCUAAUGAGGAGAUGGCUCUACAGACCGAAGAAGUCGGACCAGCGGCCGCUGGCUCAGUUCUACCAUGCGGACGAGGAGGUGACGAGGGUCACAGCGGAGCUGAACGGAGUGGACCUCAGGAAGAGCCUGCAGAAAUACCUGGUGCUGCUCAACCAGCUGAGAGUCAGUCAGGACCGUAUGUUGAGGACUAUCGAGCUAGUGAUGGAGGAGUGUAUCGCAGCUGAGAGGCAGAGCCGCGAUUAUCACAUCAAGUUUCCAGAUGAGAUCCUUCACGACAACCUGGGGGUGCAGCUGUGGUUCGCUGCCGAGUGCUUGUCUGCGGGCUCUUUCCUGGAGGUGCGGGAGUCGGAGGGUGUUCUACUACGCCCCCUAGCUGAGGAUCUGCUGCACUGCCUGGAGGAGUUGAGGCUGCUGCUGAGGGAGCACAGCCUGAGUAAUUCCCACAGCUACCCGCCACUGGUCAGGGAGGCCCUGCUCCAGUACGACCGCGUCUUCUCAGAGUUUGAGCUCAGGUACAUUUCCAUGGUGAUCCCUGUGAAGUCAGCAGAGGAGAUGCAGAAGCAGCAGGAGAUUGUGGUCUUGUUCUGUGAGACUGUGGACAGAGCGCUCAAGCUGGGAUAUGUGUCACAGGAGCUGAUUGAUGGCUGUGACCCGUUGCUGAUGUUCACAAUCCCUCGACUUGCUAUCAUCUGCGGGCUGCUCAUCUUCCCAGACGGUCCCCUGAAUCUCCAGCACGGGCCCGACAGCAUGUCCAGUCUAUUCAGUCCCUUCUACACUCUGCUGCAGAAAAUCAGGGACCUACUGUGCAUCCUCACUGAUGAGGAGCUCGACAUCCUGGAGGUGAACCUGUGCAUGGCUGAGUCUGGUGGCUUCCUCUGCCAGCAGGAGCGCCCACCCCCCUCUACUGGCAGUGGAGGGAGCCCUUACCCCAACGAGCUCCCUCCUGCUGACUAUGACCCAGGUGAGCCUGGGAAGCUGGAGGCUCACUGGGCACACGGGGCCCCCGAACCACUACGGGACCUUUAUACUGCCUCCUCUACUGCAGCUUCCUCCUCACAGCACAGAGAGGAUGCUGCUUUCUCUCCCUUUUAUCCCACCCAGGAGGCAGCCCGGGAACAUGUUAUCCCACAAAACAGCCCUCCGCACCCAGCUGCCCCCGGCGGAUGGGAUCGGGGAUUCUCUAGAGGCUCUUUUCCAUUUCAGACCUCAGUAUUCCACCAGUCAGGGCACCAACAGCUGCAAGCAACAGCAGAGCACAGGCAUCCUGCGGAGGACUGUCGCACGGCUCUGGGCACUGGGGAGAGGAUCAGGAGUGUCAGUGAAUUGCCCGGCUCAGACAGGGACAGGUUCUAUCGUUCUUGCUCUGCGACUGUUUACAAUAGAGCUCCUGCCAGGACAGAAGCAGAAGGCAGGGAGAGAGACAGCAGGCCCCUUGUGACGACACACAGCGGGGUUCCUGGACAGCAGCUUCAAACUGCAGAGUCCAGAUAUCCAUCCAGAGACAGCAGCAGGAUGCGGAGUGGGCAGGAAAGCUAUCGCGACCUUGUUAAGAACAGACGUGCUGCUGAGUGCGCCCAGCUGCGGGCACGUUACUGUAGCAGCAGGGACAUGAUCCACAGGCUCUUCGUGUGCAUCUCAGGGGUCGCGGACCAGCUUCAGACGAACUUUGCCAGUGACAUGCGGACAAUUUUGAAGUCCGUGUUCGAGGUGACUGCGUCCAGCGCUGACCCAUGCGCCGACAGCGCUGAGAUCGAGUUGGAGGUGGAGGAGAAGGACAGCUCAGUUUCCAGGCAGCAGGAGUGCAAGUUGUGUGAGGACCCUGAUGACAGCAACGCUGCAGGUCCUCCUGUGUGGGUGCCAGACAGCUCCUGCAAUCGCUGCUCAGCCUGCGAGACUCUGUUCACCUUCCUGCGGAGACGACACCACUGCAGGAGCUGCGGCCAGAUCUUCUGUGCCCGUUGUUCACCCCACGAGACCUCUAUCCCUCGCUUCGGACAGAUGAGAGCAGUCCGGGUCUGCAGCCACUGCUUCACGUCCCACAUCGGUGGGGAAACCACGCAGCUUUAAUGAAGAAAAGAAAGCGAACAUUCUGAUAAACCAAACCAUUUAAACUGGGCUUAAACACAAACAGUACUGAAGCAGUCCGCUGCUGAAAUCCAAGCCCGUUUUUACUUUUUUUUUUUUUACCCUGAAAAUGAAUAUACUCGUGUAAGAUAAAAGAACAAAGCUGUUUUAUAUUGUAAGUAACGCUACUGUAGAAAACUUUUGUUGUUUAAAUGUUGAACACUAGAGGGCAGCCCAGAUUGUUGUAUUGCAUCUGCUUUCACCUGCAGCAACCUUUUCACAAGCAGCAAGUAAUUCAACACAAACAAUAUGCCAUAAUGAGAAGGGGCUAGGUGGCACAGGGGGAUAAUUCACGGUGAUUGUGGGAUUGAUCCGGUGAUCUGGUGGUUGUAGUAUUGUCCACUUCACCAUCCUGCACAACUGUCAGUGUGCUUCAGGAGGUGUUCAGGUCAGGAAUACGGUGUGCUUGCAGAGACCAGUGGCCACUGUCUGUAACCUUUCACAAAUAAUCAUUUCACAAAAUAAAAAUGCAGUAAAUCUA